AUGUCAAGUAGUGUUCGACGACGCAGUCAUAGACUUGAGGAGAAAAACAAGGAAUUGAAUGUUGGAGAAAAGAAUAUUGCUACUUCUUCGAGAAAGAACACGAGAAAACGAAAGGGAAAUAUUUCCACUUCUGAAGAUCAGUUACAGGAUGUUACGAUAAAGAAAAUAAUGAAAGUUAAGAGCAAUAAAGAGAAUGAAAAAUUGAAAAAUAGAAUUAAUACCAGAAAAACAAAACGAAAACGAUCUGCGGAAAAGUUGGCAAAUAAAACUAAAGGGAUGGAAGAUUCUGCACCGAAAAAGAAGCUAAAUAAAAGGAAUAAAAAAUGUGAAGAACCGAAAGCUACGCCCAGCUUAUCGUAUGAUGGUAACAGUUCUAAUUGUUCAGAUGAUGAAUGGGAAAAUGUUGAUGAGUUCGAUUUUUGUAAAAGUGCUUUAUCACCAACUGCUUCUAUCGAAAUAACAAUCACGAAACCAAAAAUGAAAGUAAAACCGACGGAAACAGUGGAAACCCGAAGAGCACGUUAUAUUAAGCGACAUGUCAAUCAAAAACUUCGUGAACGACAAAUUAACUGUCACAAGAUGCAUUUGCUUUGUUACAUUGCACAUUUGCGUAUGUGGAUGCGCAUACUGCUGCGUGAACAGGAUUUGAUAUCAUUAUGCUUAUCAGUAAUACCCGAACCACUUCUCACAGCAUGUUCUGAUUUUAACACUGCAGUAGCAGAAAAAUUUCUUCAAUGGUUCAAGGCAACAUAUCAACCAGCCAAAAAAAUUUAUGUGGCAAAGGAUAACUUCAGCGAUGCUCAGUUGCAUCGUCUUAAAGAAUUGAUUGCUGGAAAGUUCUACGAAACCGAUAAGGAUUUGGCAUCUCUCUUAUUUUUGAGUCUUAUUGCUCUGAAACAAACAGCUCGCAUUUGUUUGUCCUGUCAACCAUUACCAAUCAAAUUGACAGUGCGGAAACAAUCUUUGGAUGCGAUUAAAUCUCUUGUCAAUUAUUAUGGAUCAAGAAAGCUUACAGCUAAUGAUUAUAUGGAGUGGCCGGAAAAACUGGAAAAGACAGUUGAAAAAAUUAUUCUCUAUGACGACGAAAAUCAGAAUGGAAAUGAUGGUGCUUCAGCUGGCAAGCUGAGUGUGAAGAGAGAUUAUUGGGUGGAAUUUUGGGAUGAGAAUUCAUACUCAUUAAUUGAAUGGGCUUGGAUAUCUUUGAAUCAGUUAUGUUUUCGUAUUUCAGGUUUAGAUCCAUGGAACGGAUUGGUUAAUAAGCCGGAGAUAGUGGAAACUGAUGCUACUUCACCUAUGCAUUACGUCCUUUCUAUUGAUAAUGAAUAUGGAAUACGUGAUGUAACAGCACGUUAUGCUUCCAAAUACCUGACACCUGCAGUUCGACGAUUGUGGGUGAAUCAGGACUGGUGGAAUGAUACAAUAGCGCUUUAUCAAAGUGAAAAUUUAAUGCGUGGACAACUUGAAGAUGUUGCAAUCCAGCAAUAUCUCUUCUCCAAACCAAAACCUGCAACAAUAUCAGAGUACAGAAAUCAUCCAUUGUAUGUGUUGGAGAAGGAUUUAUCCAAAUAUGAAACAAUAUAUCCAGAAAAUCAACAAUCCAUAGGGAAAAUCAAAGAUUUCAAUAUCUACCUACGAAGUUCAGUUCAUAGACUAGAUGGUGCAAUAAACUGGAUGAAACAACUUCGAUCGAUUAAACCUAAUGAAAAGCCAUAUAGAGUUGUACAAAAAAGAUCCUGUAAUCAUGCCUCAUCAAAAUACAGUGGAUCGAGAACUGUUGAUUUGUAUGGCCGAUGGCAAACGAUACCAUAUGUCACACCAAAAGUCGUUGAUGGUCGUGUGCCUCGCAAUGAAUUUGGCAAUUUAUAUGUUUACAAGAGCAGUAUGAUACCAGACGGUUGUGUGCAUCUGCAGCUCAAUGGAUUACAAGCUGUUGCUCGUCAGCUUAACAUUGACUGCGUUCCGGCUGUUGUUGGAUGGAAUCAUUGUAGAGGAGGCACUCAUCCUAUUCUCGACGGAUGCGUAGUUUUAAAAGAGCAUGAAGAUGAGCUUCGAAAAGCCUGGUCGAAGCAGUAUGAAAAAAAGAAAAUGGCCAUGAAAUUGAGACAAACACAACGAGCUAUAAAAAACUGGCGGAGUUUAGUGAAGGGAUUGCUAAUACUGAAGAAAGUUCGUGCUAAAUUCGCUUCCAAAGACCACUGUUUGUUGCAUGUUGACGAAAAGCUAGAAAAUAAUGAAAAAAUUAACAAGAACGGAACAGUGACAACUGAUGAUACUGGGGCGCUUGCUUGGCCGUCAAUUGAAUACAUUUUGCCUUCUGUUAAUUCAAAAUCAUAA